AUGGCAUACAAAGGCAUCCUCAUCUGGCAGGCGCGUCGGCUUCUCGAUGCUAUCUCAGGAGAGGUCGUUCUUCGAACCAACCGACCUCAUCGCCGGCCUCUUCACACUUUCGUGAACCCCCAAGCAGCCCAACCCAGGCGACCCCCCCGCGCUGCCAGACGCUUGGCGGCCGAGCGAAAUGUUCCGUCGUCUUCGCCUAUGUUUUUCCAGUCAUCACCAUCCCGAAGCAAUCAAGACCCGGAAACUCCAGAUGUUCGUAUGGCGGAAGCUAGCUCAACUGUCGACGAUGGCGAGCGAACUCCCCGUGCGGGCGCAGGCAUUCGAGACUCCUCCCCUAUCAAUUAUAUUCCAAGCUCUAGUCCAACCAGGGGCUUUGGCCGAUCAGAUAUUCGUUCCGACAUUAGAUCCGACGCUCACAGCGUAAGCAGCGGUUUAUUCGUCUCGCCCAGUGGCGGCAAUGGCCGUCGAUCUGCUCCUCGUCGAAGUGAUCUCCACUCCGGUGGCUUUGGAUCGACUCCCUCACGCCGGAACCGAAUUUUCGUUGGUCCAGACGGACUUCCCUCUGGCGACAAUGUCCUCCGUUCCGAUGCUACUUUCUCAAAUAUCAAUCCAGGCACUUCCGAAGCAGAGGCCAUGGCAGGAAACUCUUCUCGUGUCAUCUGGGGUACCAACAUCUCAAUUCAAGAUUCCAUGUCCGCCUUCAAGAAUUUCUUGUACAACUUCGCCACAAAAUACCGUCUGUGGGCCGACGGUGCGUCCGAGGAUGAGACUCGUAUUCUGGGAAGCGGAGCCGAGAAGCGUGAAUACAUUACCAUGCUGAACGACAUGCGCCGACUUGGUGUGACGACCUUCAACCUCGAUGCCAGAAACCUCAAAUCGUACCCUCUUACGCAGAAGUUGUGGCACCAACUGCUUGCCUAUCCUCAAGAAAUCAUUCCCUUGAUGGAUCAGACAGUGAAGGAUGUGAUGGUUGAUUUGGCUUUGAAGGAGAUGGAUGUUCUGCGUUCCGAAAGCCAACGUGGAGCCCAAGGACGGGACCGCCGUGGCCACUCUAUUCUUACCUCGGACGUAGUAGCACCUCAGGGUGAUGUGCCUGAUCUGGUUGGCGAAGUUGAAGCCAUGUCCUACAAAGUCCUUCCAUUUGGACUGGAUGAAACCGUGAACAUGAGAGAUCUUGACCCAGCUGACAUGGAUAAGCUGGUUAGCAUCAAGGGUUUGGUGAUCCGAACUACGCCUAUUAUUCCUGACAUGAAGGAGGCUUUCUUCCGUUGCAACUUCUGCAGCUUCGGUGUCCAAGUUGACAUUGAUCGAGGCCGUAUCCAAGAACCCACAGUUUGCCCUCGCGACACGUGUAAAUCGAAGAACUCGAUGCAGCUGCUCCACAACCGCUGCUCUUUCUCCGAUAAGCAGGUUAUCAAGCUCCAGGAAACCCCCGACAAUGUUCCCGAUGGUCAGACUCCCCACUCUGUUUCUCUUUGUGUGUAUGAUGAACUCGUGGACGUCUGCAAAGCUGGUGACCGCGUUGAGGUGACUGGUAUUUUCCGCUGCAACCCCAUGCGCGUCAGUGCUCGUCAGCGUUCCCAGAAGGCCCUCUUCAAGACCUAUAUCGAUGUUCUUCAUGUCCAAAAGGUGGACCGCAAGAAGAUGGGUAUCGACCUUUCAACUGUUGAACAGACUAUGUCCGACCAGGCGGCGGAGGCAGACCAAGCUCGCAAGAUUUCUGCCGAGGAGGAGGAGAAGAUCAAGUUGACUGCCUCUCGUCCUGAUGUGUACGAACUUCUUUCUCGAUCUCUGGCUCCUAGUAUUUAUGAGGCAGAUGAUGUCAAGAAGGGUAUCUUGCUUCAGCUAUUCGGUGGUACCAAUAAGACCUUCCAAAAAGGUGGAAACCCUCGCUACCGUGGAGAUAUUAACAUUCUUCUAUGUGGUGACCCUUCAACCGCCAAAUCUCAGCUGUUGCGUUAUGUUCACAAGAUUGCCCCCCCGCGUGGUAAGGGUUCCUCCGCUGUAGGUCUCACAGCCUACGUGACUCGUGAUCCAGAGACCCGCCAGAUGGUAUUGGAGUCUGGUGCGUUGGUCUUGUCCGACGGUGGCACUUGCUGCAUUGAUGAGUUUGACAAGAUGAACGAAGCCACCCGAUCUGUUCUUCACGAAGUGAUGGAGCAGCAGACCGUAUCCAUUGCCAAGGCGGGUAUUAUCACCACCCUCAAUGCCCGGACAUCAAUUUUGGCAUCCGCCAACCCUAUUGGCAGUCGUUAUAACCCCAAACUGCCAGUGCCCCAGAACAUUGACCUGCCUCCUACAUUGCUCUCACGUUUCGAUCUUGUUUACCUGGUUUUGGACCGUGUGGACGAGUCUGAGGAUCGUCGAUUGGCCAAGCAUUUGGUCGGCAUGUACUUGGAAGAUACCCCGGAGAAUGCAAGCUCAGAGGAGAUCCUGCCUAUCGAGUUCCUUACUGCCUACAUCACCUACGCCAAAACCCAGAUUCACCCUGUUCUGACACCCGCGGCUGGUACCGCACUGGCAGACGCCUACGUUGCUAUGCGCCAGCUGGGUGAUGACAUUCGAGCUACCGAGCGCCGUAUCACCGCGACUACCCGACAACUGGAAUCUAUGAUCCGUUUGUCCGAGGCACACGCUCGUAUGCGUCUUUCACCAGAAGUGACCACUGCAGACGUAGAAGAAGCCGUGCGAUUGAUCCGUUCCGCUAUCAAGCAGGCUGCUACUGAUGCUCGCACCGGUCUGAUUGAUAUGGGCUUGCUCACCGAAGGUACCAGUGCCAGUGAACGUCGCCUGCGCGAAGACCUCAAGAAGGCGGUAUUGGACCGUCUAGAAGAGCGCGGUGGUGUGAACAAUGGCUCGGUGCGAUGGACGGAGUUGUACCGCGACAUGGUCGAAAAUACUAGUGGUAUCCAGCUGGAGCAUCAACAGUUCAAUGAGGCGGUUCGUGCGCUUGAGAUUGAGGGGGCUGUGAACAUCUCAGGCGAGGGCCCCCGGCGAAGCAUCCGCCGGGCAGCAAUGGGAAUGUCUUGA